AUGAGGAGGAUCAGCCCUCUCACAUCCACUUGCCUGGCAACCGCAGAUGCAGCCCUAGAAGAGAGGGAUAGUGAAACCCAGCCAGGGAGAGAUGGGACCCAGAAGGGACCCUGGUCCUCUCUGCUGCAAUCUGGCCCAGCCCCAUUCCCAGGGGAAGGGGUCGAGAGGCCCCGCCCAGAUGAUCUGAAAUGGGGUUGGGGGAGGUGCGUUCGGCUGGUUGAUGCAGGAAAGGGGCAGGCGUGGGGGAAAGGCCCAAGCUGCAGGAGCAACCGUCAGCCUGUCAACGCCAGCGGGCAGGCCGGCCGGCACGGGCCUCGGCUCCAGGCUCCAGCCUACAGCCGCGGUGCACCUUCACCCUGCUGCGAACACCAGCAUUUCUGUCCCAUUCUCUCUGCACUUGUCUCUGUGGUGCAGCUCCACCCCAGCCCUUCUCUAUUUUUCACUGCUCCCCUCACCUGCCCCACCCCGCGAGCCCCGAUCCAUCCAUCCACACCCGCAGGCCAAGCCAUCCUCACCAGGGUCCUCCUGCAGCCGCUCCGGCGUCUGGAGCCGCAUCCGGCUCCGCGGCUGCGGUCUCCGCCCAGCCCGCACAGACUGGAGGGGAGGGGCGCUGGGUCGACCCGCCAGCGCUGCGCAGCCGCGCCCCUCCACGCAUGGGCGUGGCGAGGCUCAGACCCAGCCCCCAGUGCUUGACGCUUUCGCCUGUGUCACCCACCCAGGCCCAGCUCAAGGGCUUUUGAUGCUUUCUAAGGUCCCACUGAAGGGACCUUUUAGUCCCAAAGGGAUCCUGAAAUCAAAGCCU